AUGAGCACAAUUGCUUCCAGGAUUCCAGAGAUCUUGAAGCAUGCUAUCGCCCAGAAUGAGAAGUACAACAUCUACACUUCAAUAAGAUCGCAAGAUCAAAUAACCAUACCCAAAAUUUCAAAUAGUUCACAAUUACUUUCUAAUAAAAUUGCUGCUAUUAAAGAUAACAUUGCCACUAUAGAAGAACCUACAACAUGCUCAUCCAAGAUGCUAGCAAAGUAUACGUCUCCAUAUGAAGCUACAGUAAUGACAUUGUUAAAUAAAGCUGGUGCUAUAACGAUUGGUAAAACAAAUCUUGAUGAGUUUGGUAUGGGAGGUGGUACUACAAAUUCUUACUUUGGAUCCACUAUAAACCCCACCAUAAAGAAUGCUGUUGAACCAUAUACAGCUGGAGGUUCUUCUGGUGGUUCAGCUGCUGCUAUUGCUGCUGAUACAGCUGAUUUUGCAUUGGGGACAGAUACUGGUGGAUCGGUCAGAGUACCUGGUGCUUAUACUGGUGUUUUCGGUUUCAAGCCAAGUUAUGGUAGAAUCUCAAGAUGGGGUGUGGUGGCAUAUGCUCAAAGUUUAGAUACAGUGGGUAUUUUAGCUAAAGACGUUGAUUUGGUUAGAAAUGUUUAUGAUGUAUUGAAUCAAUAUGAUUCAAAAGAUCCAACUUCAUUAAGUCAAGAAAUCAGAAACAAAAUUGAAGAUUCCACACAUUUGAGAGAUAGAAGUAUAGAUAAACUAAGAAUUGGUCUGAUCAAUCAAUUAGGUGCUAAUGACCUUUCACCAGAUGUUAAAGAAAUUUGGCAAAAGAUGUUGAGUACUGUUCAAGAUCAUCAUCAUUUAAUCCCAGUAUCAAUUCCAAUAUUGAAAUAUGCUCUACCUGCUUAUUACACCUUAGCACCUGCUGAAGCUGCAUCAAAUUUAUCAAGAUUUGACGGGAUACGGUAUGGAUAUAGAUCAGAUGAUGAUAAAAAUAACUAUGCUAAGACACGUACUGAAGGAUUUGGUAAAGAAGUUAAAACAAGAAUAACGUUAGGUAAUUUCAAUUUAAACGCUGAUUCUUUCAAAAACUCAUUUUUGAAAGCUCAAAAUGUUAGAUUAGCCAUGAAAUCACAAUUCAAUUCAAUAUUUGCUCUACCAAAUAGUUUAACCAAUUCAUCAGCUCCUAAAAAUGGUGUUGACAUUUUAAUCGCACCAGUCUCAAUGUCUACACCACCAACUUUGAAGAAAUAUAUGAGUGAAUCAUCCAUUGAAGCUUAUGCGAAUGAUAUGUUCGUUACCCCAGCUUCUCUUUGUGGACUUCCUGCUAUUUCGGUUCCUUGGGAAUCAACUUCUGGUAAUCCUGUUGGUAUACAAAUUAUUGGUCAAUAUGGUGACGAUAAAAAGGUUUUAGAAGUUGCUAAACAUUUGAAAGAAUUGAAUAAGAUUUAA